AUGGCUGCCGCUAGCCUUCCCCCUUUCCCCCUCAUGUUCCUCCGCCUCUACUGCUUCCUCGUGCUGUACAUGCACGUACCUUCUGCUUCCUCGCUUUCAUUCAGCUUCAAUUUUUCCAAGACCGGGGACCCCUGCAGCAACGAGCUCGUUUGCAGGGGCGACUCGUCCUUCGCUAACUCCGUAAUCGAGCUGACAAGGAAAAACUAUGUAAGCUACGACGGCCAAGGCCGUGUGUGGUACGCGACCCCGGUGCCGCUCUGGAAUGCCGUCACCGGCGAGCUAGCAAGCUUCAGCACCACCUUCUCCUUUAAGAUCACGUUGAACCCGAAGAGCCCUGCAUGGGCCGACGGGAUGGCCUUCUUCCUCGCGCAUUACUACUCGAACUACAGCGUCCUGGCCAGCGGGGUCGGGGGCGGGCACCUCGGUCUCUUCACCUUCGGCAACGCCUUCAACGCGACAGGUGAUAGUCAGGUCGUUGCCGUCGAGUUCGACACGUACCUUAAUGUAGGAUGGGACAAGAGCGACCAGCACGUCGGCAUCGACGUCAACUCCCUCAAGUCGGUGGCGUCCACGGACACGACCGCGCCGGGAUUCAAGAACCGCACAUCCGAUUCUGCGAUGAAUGCCGCGGUCCACUACGAUAACUGGACGAAGUUGUUAACCGUCGAUCUCCAAAUCGACGACACCUUGUACCACGUCAACAAGACCGUUGACCUUAAACAAAACUUGCCGGACACGGUGGCCGUCGGCUUCUCAGCGUCGACCGGCUACGGCAACGUACACCAGCUACUCUCAUGGUCGUUCAAUUCGACGCUUGAAAAUACCACGGAGCCCAUCUCAAAAAGAAAUACCACGGAGCCCUCAACCAAAUCGCUAUUCAAGGUACUUGUUCCUAUACUCGUUGUGUCGGUCUGUGCGAUUGUGGGCCUCCUCAUAUGGCUGCGUCAGAAGCUCAGAAAAAUCGAAGACACAGAUGAUGCUGCCGACAGCGAGGCUGAAGAGCAAUACGGCGAGGCUGAGUUCGAGAAAGUGUUGGCGGGGCCAAGGCGGUAUCUCUACCGCGAGCUUACCACCGCGACAGGCAACUUCGCAGAGGAGAAUCUGCUCGGCCGAGGAGGUUUUGGCAGUGUGUACAAGGGCUGCCUCCCGAGCGACGCCGACGACGUCCAGCAAGCGGCCAUUAAAAAGUUCUCGUUGGAGUCGUCUCAGGGUAGGAAGGAGUUCGAGGCCGAGGUGAAGAUCAUCAGCCGGCUGAGGCAUCGCAACCUAGUGCAGCUGUUAGGCUGGUGUGACAGCCUCAAAGGGCUACUGCUCGUCUACGAGCUUGUGCCAGAAGGGAGCCUAGAUAAACACAUCCACAACAACGAGAGGUUGUUAACCUGGUCUGAGAGGUACAAGAUCAUUCUUGGGUUAGGGUCAGCCCUGCGUUACCUGCACUGCGAAUGGGAGCAAUGUGUCGUCCACGGUGACAUCAAGCCGAGCAACAUAAUGCUCGACUCGUCCUACAACGCCAAGCUGGGAGACUUCGGGCUCGCUCGGCUCGUCGACCAUGGGACCGGCCCACGAACGACGGGGCUUGUCCAAGGAACCGCAGGGUACAUCGACCCGGAGUUUGUCAACACGCGCCGGCCGAGCACAGAGUCGGACGUCUACAGCUUCGGCAUCGUGUUGCUCGAGAUCGUUUCCGGACGGCAGCCGGUGGUCAUACGAGAAGGCGUCCCGCCAUUCGUGCUGCUUAAGUGGGUGUGGAGCUUGUACUGCCAGGGCGCAACCCUCGACGCGGCGGACAAGCUCCUGCGGGGCGACAAGGCCGAGGAGCGGCAGAUGGAGCGCGCGCUGGUCGUGGGGCUCUGGUGCGCGCACCACGACCCGGGCGAGCGGCUGUCCGUCACGCAGGCCAUGCACGCGCUGCAGUCCGAGGAUGUGAAGCUGCCGACGCUCUCGCUGCAGAUGUACAAGCCGGCGGCACCGCCGAGCGGUGUGUCCGGCACCUCCUUCUCCAGCGGCGUCCGCUCUUCGGUGGCCACAGGCACGACGACACGUUCUUCGGAAUGGUCUGCCACCUGAUCGGACCGCGUUGCAUUGUAACUGUGUGAGCCUUUUUCUUUUUUGGACGAAACAAUUGCGUGAGCUGUUUGAUUAUUGCUUUCCGGGACAUCUCGAGUGUGGUGAACUGGUGAUGUAAGUAUUUGCACUUCAGAUUUAUGUUUGAUUAUCUUUGCUUGUUUGCCUUUUAGGUACUAUGAACUUUGCUAGGCCCAUGCGUGGGCCAGCUCAUACAACGCAAUGCAUGCGUAUGG